AUGGAAAAUAUGGACACGGACGAUGAUAAAAAGGAUUUAGAUAACAAAUCGAUAGUACCAUCGGGUAGCGACGAUUCAAAAACUAAAAGUUUUAAGUCUAAAAAAAAGAAAAAGUCUGUUGUACAAGUAGGUGAUAAUGAAUUAAACGAUAUGAUUGUCGAUGAUACCAUUUCGACGACGUGUAAUGAUGAAAAAAUGAAUGAAUCGGAGGAAAAUUGGGAAAGUGAAAAUGAGACGGAAGAAGAAGAAGUAGAAAAUAAUAAAAAAAAAGAUGUUUACCUACCGCAUAAACCAUUGAGACAUAACGAAGAAUUAGUUUGCGAUGAAUCUGCUUAUAUAAUGUUACGUGAAGUUCAAACCGGAGCUCCAUGUUUAAGUUUUGACAUAAUUAAAGAUGAAUUGGGAACAAAUCGUAGUGAAUUUCCAUUGACGUGUUAUUUGGUGGCUGGAACGCAAGCAUCGAAACUUAACGAAAAUUGCAUAAUUGUUAUGAAAACAUCAAAUUUACACAAGACACAAAAUACAAAAGAUGAUGAAGAUGACGAAGAAGAAGAAAGUGAUGAAGACGAAGAGGAAAGCGAAGAAAAUCAACCAAGAAUGGAUUACGCAUCGAUAGCUCAUUACGGAUGUAUUAAUCGAAUAAGAAGCACGAUUGCAAAUAAUACAAUAUUAGCUGCUUCGUGGUCGGAAUUGGGAAAAGUCUACAUUUGGGAUCUCAAAACUCAAAUUCAAGCCGUUAACGACGUGGCGUUGCUUUCGAAAUACAGACAAGAUGAUUUGACGGUUAAAACUAAACCCAUUUUUACAUUUUCCGGACACCAGUCGGAGGGAUUUGCAUUGGAUUGGUGUCCCACGAGCGAAGGCAUUCUUGCAACCGGAGAUUGUAAACGAAAUAUUCAUCUUUGGCAAUUUGACGAAUCCGGAUGGAGAGUCGAUCAAAGGCCGUUGAUCGGUCAUACAAAUUCCGUUGAAGAUUUACAAUGGUCUCCAAACGAGCGACACGUUCUUUGUUCGGCUUCCGUAGAUAAAACAAUUAGAAUUUGGGAUACCAGAGCGACGGGACAAAAAGCAUGCAUGAUUACGGUGGAAAACGCACAUAAAAGUGACGUCAACGUGAUUCACUGGAAUAAAAACGAGCCUUUCAUAGUAUCCGGAGGUGAUGAUGGAUUCAUACACAUUUGGGAUUUAAGACAACUCAAAUCGGAAAAACCCGUGGCUACAUUUAAACAUCAUACGGCUCCCGUCACGACGGUCGAAUGGCAUCCGACUGAAUCCACCGUGUUUGCAACGGGGGGAGAAGACAAUCAAAUCGCAUUGUGGGAUUUAAGCGUUGAAAAAGAUGAAGAAUCAAAAGAAGAAGAAAUCGAAAAUGUGCCACCUCAACUGUUGUUCAUUCAUCAGGGACAGCAAGAAAUCAAAGAACUUCAUUGGCAUCCUCACAUACCUGGUUUAGUGAUUAGUACGGCACUUAGUGGAUUUAAUAUAUUUCGGACUAUAAGCGUGUAG